AUGAAAUUCCGCGCCAGUUGUAGUUGCGAAAUUACCAAGAAAGGAAAUUCCAACCCAGCUCUGUGUCAUAACAAAUUGGAAAUCAAUCAGGAGUUAGUUGGAGCUUCCUUUCAUUUCUUACUCGACAGCGAGUCAGUCACACUGAAAUACGAGCUUUCAUUUUGGAAGUUCAUAAGCAAUACUAUGGACCUUUUUGAAGCAAAACUUAUUGAAGAGGUCCAAAAACACCCCCAUUUGUACGAUUCGUCUUCGAAAGAAUAUAGAGAUGCAGUCAAAAUUCAGAAUUCAUGGGAGAAAAUAUCGCGAAAUUUGAACGUCACAGUUGAAAUAGUAAGAAAGAAGUGGAAGUAUCUUCGUGAAUGCUACGUGAAGUCAAGAAAAAUUUCCAUGGGUAAUUGGGAAGACGGAAGGCUAUCAAAAGCAAACAAAUAUGUUGCGAUGCUGACCUGGCUAGCACCAUUUGUCAAGCACAGGCCAAUAGAAAUCACCAUGCCUUCGAAUAUGGAUACAGUGUCGCUUGAAAGCCACGAUGAUGAAAUGGCAAUAAGGCACUCUCCGGCGCCAAUUGGAAUUUCUGCUUCGCCUACCACAAGUGGAUCUAGCUCAGUAAUGACAUAUACACAGAAUAUUCCAAGAAAACGGUCACAAAACCAAACAGAAAGAGAGUCGCAUACAGCGAUGGCAGCCAUGUUUGGUGAGGACGAAUUUUCAAACUUCGGUAAAACUGUUGCAGAUACAUUGAGGACGUUGCCAAAAAUAUCCCAGGUUCUCGCCAAAAAACGAAUCAAUGAUAUCUUGUUCGAAGCAGAGAUGGAGGCAAUCAGAGCCAGCUCGGGCGAUGGAGUGAUUAUACUUCAGAGCGAAGAUAACAGUUAG